GACCUCCGGCGACGGCGGAAACUCUGCCGUCGCCGGAGCCUACCAAUGCAGAGGCGACCUAACAAACUCCGACUGCUACGACUGCGUGAGCAAGAUCCCAAACAUGCUCGGAAAACUCUGCGGCGGUGACGUGGCGGCGGCGAGGAUCCAGCUGAGCGGGUGUUACCUGAGGUACGAGGUUGUCGGGUUCAAGGAGGUGCCGAAGACGCAGCUUCUUUACAAGGUUUGCGGUUCAAAGAAAAUGAAGAACGGUGGUGAUGUGGUUGGGUUUGAAGGGAAGAGAGACUCGGCGUUUCAGAUGGUGGAGAAUGGUGUGAAGGGUAAUAAUGGUAAUUUGUUCUACACCGGGAGUUACGAGUCUCUUUAUGUGUUGGGUCAGUGCGAGGGUAAUAUGGGAAAUGACGAUUGUGGUGAUUGUAUUGCGAGUGCUGAGGAACAGGUUAAGGUUCAGUGUGGUGACUCUAUUUCUGCUCAGGUUUAUUUGCAGGGUUGUUAUCUUAGUUAUAGUUUUUACCCUAAUGGAGUUCCUGGCACCAUUUCUUCUUCUUCUUCUUCGCCAGGGACCGGGAGGCACCAACACACAGAAAGAACAGUGGCUCUUGCAGUGGGAGGGUUGGCAGCAUUGGGAUUCUUAAUUGUUUGCUUAUUAUUCCUCAAAUCUGCCUUAAAGAAAAAGAGUGGAAAGCGUGGGGGCUACUGAUUUGGGUAUAUAUAUACCUUAUAUUAGAUCUAGUUAUUUUAAUCUCUGACAUCAUCAUCGUCUUUUUACUUAGGUGAAUAUACCUUGUAUCUGUGUAUAGUUCUCUGAUCAAAGGGGUUUCCAAAAAGGAAUUGGUAUUCUCACUUAUUCUUACAGUGAUUUGUUUUAUUGUUCAUAAUUUAAUCGAGAUUGGUUAAUGUGAAUCUGCAUGCAUUAGUGUGAAGGG